CCCUGACAUCGGAUUCCACUGCUCAUUUCAACUCAGAUGUCAGUGAAAGCGGUCGCAAACUUUUAGUGCCUUAAAGCCUAACUAAUCCGAGUGAUUAAACUCAAACAUUAACCUAACACAUUAACCCUUUUCUUUUGAAACUGGAUAACUUACUUAUUUCCUUACGCAACCUUGUGCUCAACAUGAUAUUGGAGCGCAUCCAGGACAUUUGGUACAACUAUCCGGUAAUGGUUCACUUUAUCAUUGGCCCCCCACCACUGCCAGUCCUCGACUUUGUGCCGGACCACGAUCUGGAUCUGAUGGCCCUUGCCGAGCCGGAUUACUAUCCACCGGCGUUCCACCAUGCUGACCUGGCGGAAGAUUGGGUCGACGAUGGCACGCCCAUCAGCGAUUCCGAGGACACCGAUUCCGAGGACACCGAUUCCGAGGAUAGCGACUCCAUUCUGGACAUGGGGUACAACCAUCCGGUAAUGGUUCACUUUAUCAUUGGCCCCCCACCACUGCCAGUGCUCGACUUUGCGCCGGAUCACGACCACGAUCACGAUCACGAUAUGCCCUUUGACGGGAUGGGUUACUAUCCACCGGAAGGUUGGCUCGGCUAUGACACGUCCAUCAGCGAUUCCGAGGACAGCGAUUCCGAGGGUAGCGACUCCUUCCACUCCUGGGAAACCGACGAGGAGGAGGACCUGUAAGGCCAAGGCCAAGGCCAAGGAUACCCAACACUCAGUGUAAAAUCGUUUUUUAUCUGCCGAAGAGGCUGAAUUAAAAAAUCGGCGCUAGAUGGAAA